UCGUCGCUAAGGAAAAUGUAAAAAGGACGCACGUUACGAUAAAUACUUGUGAAAUUGACUCUAAUAUAUAAAACCAAUGGAAUUUCUUGUAUAUUCGUGGUGCGGAGGAUUCAAUGCAAUUAUAUUUUCCGCUAGUGAAUCGAUUCGGUUGCGCGUCGAGUGUGAGCAAAGGUACUAGAAAUCGCUUUCGAAUAGCCUCAUCUCUCACUCCGUAAGUGCUCAAUUAGUGAUGUUGACGUGCGCGAGCGUCGAGGCCUGCGAGUGAAAGUUCUGGACUAACUUUUCCUCGGUGAAAAUGAGACUCAAGCGAGUGAAAUAAUUUGGAAAGUGUAGUGUUUGACAUUGCGAUGGAGAACGCAGGGUUUCCUGUCGGAGGCGGGUGCGGAGAGGACAUUGAUCGAGCCCUGAUGGACCUCGGGCCGCUGCUCGGAGUCACCAUCAAGGAGGAGGCGCCCGACGAGCUCACCGAUGGCUCCGCCUCGCGAAACAACGUGAGCGGCACCAGCGACGGCGCGGGCCCGAGCGGGUCGGCCACGCCCACGGCGCCGGUCGGCAAGACGGAGGAGGGCGCCGACUCGCUGGCGUCGCCCACGCGCGCCUCGCUGCUGGCGCUGCGCUGCGUGUUCUGCGCGGGCGCGCUGGCGCAGGCCGACGGCACGCCCAAGCUCAUGGAGUGCCUGCACUCCGCCUGCGAGCCCUGCAUCAAGCUCAAGAUCGAGGAGAAGCUCGCGCCCAGUCGAGACUUCCUAGGUGCGAAUUGCGUGACGAUAACGUGCGCAGCGUGCCGCCUGCAGUGCCAGCCCAGCAACAUGAUCGACCAGCGCUUCGUGCUCGAGAAGAUGGCCAUGGAGCAGGCUGGCAGUAAUGGCGCGGCGGGCGAGCAGCAGUGCAACAGCUGCGAGGACACGGAGCCCGCCACCAGCUACUGCGUCGACUGCGCAGAGUUCAUCUGUGACAACUGCGUACACGCGCACCAGAGGCUCAAGAUAACGAAAGACCACACUAUAAAGUCCAAAGACGACGCGAUGUCGGAGCUGCAGGCGGCGCAGGGCGGCGCGCGCUGCUCCAACGAUAUGUUCUGCAGGGACCAUCCGCAGGAGAGGCUGGCGCUGUUCUGCGAGACGUGCGACCGGCUGACGUGCCGCGACUGCCAGCUGCAGCACCACCGCGACCACAAGUACCAGUUCAGCACCGAGAUGGCUGCACAGGCGCGCGGCAGCGUGGCGGCGCUGCUGUCGGAGGUGAGCUACAAGCGCGUGCUGCUGGGCUCCGCCAUGAAGGUGAUCCGCGACCGCCAGCACCUCAUCGCGGAGAAGAAGAAGGCGCUCGUGCACGAGAUCACGCAGACCGUCGUCAAAUUGACGAACGCGAUCAACACUCGCGGCAAGCAGCUGGUGCUGCGGCUCAACGAGGUGUGCGACGCCAAGCAGCGCACGCUGAGCGAGAAGAAGGACGCGCUCGAGCAGCUCGCGGCCAUCACCGACCACUGCGUGGACUUCGUCAACACGGCGCUGGAACAGGGCAGUGACACGGCCAUCCUGCACAGCAAGCGCACAGUAUCGGCUCACCUGCAGCGCAUCAAGAGUCGACGGGCGGACAUCCCCAACCCGGAAAUCCCUGUGCGUAUUUCGCUCGCGCUCGACAAGUUGCCUGACCUCGUGCGCGUGCUGUCCAACAUCGGAGCAAUCGUGGUGGACGGCAAGGUGGACGGCGGCGCGGCCGGCAGUCCGGGGCCAAACGCCGCGGCCAACGCGGCCGCCGCCAACGCCGCCGCCGCCGCCAACGCCGCAGCGGGCGGCGCGCCCGCCAACGCGCUGGGCCCCUACCACGCCGCCGCGCCGCCGCACUCCGCCGUGGUGGCGCUGCAGCAGGUUGCCAUGCAUCAGACUUUGGCACGAUACCAGUCGUACGUGGCGGCGGUGUCGGGCGCGGGCGGCUCGGUGGGCGCGGGCUACGCGCUGCCGCGCGCGCGCGCACACACGCCGCUGCGGCACCCGCACGUCACCUCCACCACCCACCCGCAUCAUCUGCACGGCAUGAACGAGAUGAACCUGCGCGGUCUGCUCAACGCGAGCGGAGCGCGCCGCGCCGCCGCGCCGCACGCCGCGCUGCCCGCCAUGCAGCAGGCCUACCAGCAGAUGAUGGGCGCCUACGCGAGCAACGCGUACGUCAACAACGCGAACGCCGCGGCCGCGAGCGGGCGGCGCAGCGGCGGCCCGCGCACCCCGUCCCCCGCGCCGCCGCACCACGCGCCGCUGCACCACGCGCACCUCGCGCACGCGCCGCACGCGCUGCACCAGCCGCACGCGCCGCACCAGCACCAGCCGCACCAGCCGCCGCCGCAGCAGGUCGCCGCCGCCAAGUGGCACAUUCCGCAGCACGCGCUCUCCAACGGUGCGGAGGCCAUGGGCAGUGCAGCGCUGGGCGUGGGCGUGGACUAUAAGAUCACGCUGGGACGAGCGCGCGCGUCCUCCGCCGUCACCUCCACCAACCCCAAAACACCCAGCCCCAGCCUCAACGGGCUGGGCGGCGGCACGGCGUCGGAGCUGGACAAGGUGUGCGCGGAGUCGGUGCAGGACCUGAUGGCCACGAUCGCCAAGCUGGACUCCAACGGCGUGCAGGUGGUGGCCGAGCAGCAGGCGCCGGCGCAGGACGCGCCCUCGCCGGCCAUCGUGCACUCCUCCACGGACGCCGACCCGAGGCCCGGCAAGGCGGGCGGCGCGGCGAGCGGGGACCCCAACGAGGACUGGUGCGCCGUGUGCAUGGACGGCGGCGAGCUGAUGUGCUGCGACAAGUGCCCCAAGGUGUUCCACCAGUACUGCCACAUCCCCACCAUCGAGAAGCUGCCCGAGGAGACGGAGUCGUGGCAGUGCCUGCUGUGCGUCAACUUCGCGGAGGAGCCGGAGGACGAGAGCGCGGCGGGGGAGGUGGAGGGCAGGACGCGGCGCGUGGUGGAGCGCCUCACGCUGGAGCUGUACUGCCAGUACGAGCUGUCGCUGCCCUUCCGCGAGCCCGUGCCGCAGCACAACCGCCACUACCACUCCAAGAUCUCGCGGCCGAUGUGCCUGGACAUGAUCCGGCUGAAGCUGCAGCCGCGCGCGGAGGGCCGCUACACGCACGUGGCGCAGUUCGUGGCCGACGUGCGCCUGCUCUUCCGCAACGCCUACCGAUACAACCCGGCGGAGUCGCAGAUCCACCAGGACGCGCGCAAGCUGGAGGAGUUCUUCGACGCGCAGCUCGCCAAGCUGCUGCCCGAGUACGCGGCGUGGCGCGGCGAGGGCGAGCCGCCCGCCAAGCGCGCCCGCCGCGACUGACCCGCGCCCCACGCGUGGCCCCACGCCCACUAGCCGCGCUACACAAACCACUCUCACUCCCACAUUCUAAUCGAGAUCUGUCAGUUUUAGGGGUUCCAUAUCUCCAGAGAUACAGGAACCCUUAUAAGAUCAUUGUCUGUUUGUCUAUCUAUCCAUCUGUCAAGACUGGUUAAGGGAAUCAAAACCUAUAGGCUUUUGGUAUUUGAUACUUCCCGUUGAACUAGUCGUAACAUCUGGCAGGCAGGCUAUGUCGUAUAGCACGAGUAAAGGAAAACAUCUGAUAACUGUGAUACAUUUCUUGUACUGGUACGGAACCCUUCGUGUUUGAGUCCAACUCGCAAUCGACCGGUUCUUAAUUACACGGACGAUCUGUUCAGUGUAACGACACUCACUCCCCCGCUCGUGUAUUAUUGUGUAAAACUUGUCCUUGUCCCGCUAGAUUCACGCAUAGCGCUGUCCUUGUCCGUAGUAGACGAUUAAAUCUGUUUGCUUGUAUGAAAGUAGCAGAAAAACAUUUGAAUAGGGGCAUACAAUGUGGUGUUCACACUGGAUAGUGACAACGGACACUAAAUAUAGUGGAUAAACUAGAACAUGUUUUUAAAUCUCCUAUAUGUUAUGUGGUAGGAUAAAGGUUCCUUUAAGUUAUAUGUUAUGACUUUGAGAAUAAAGGUCGUCGCUGACUUACGACGCACCAAGCUCACGGAGCUUUAAAAGCCAAAUACGCGAGCUUCACAUUAGAAACUUGGGUGAUUAAAAAACAUUCUACCCGACAAAAUAGUUCCAUUUCACUUUUCUUUUUCUUUCGCUUUUUACUUACUGAUGAGUAUGAGCUUUGCAGACACCUUUUUUUCCGAAUUUUGUAUAAAAUGACAUUUCCAUACUAUCAACUCUCGUUUCUAAUACGCUCUUCUGUUUUCCCCGCCAGCUUACAAUAUCGGGGACUAAAAAAAAAGAGUGAUCUCUCUUCUUUUGAAAGUCCUGUCUGUUCGGAGAAUCUAGGCAGGCUCGACUCUUGACUGCAUCGUCACUUAUGGUGUGAUUGCAGUCAAGCGCAUGCCUAUCCUUAAGCCUAGCUUAAAAAAUCUGUUGUGGAAAAGGGAAAGGGAAUUCUAAGUACUGGAGGAGUGCGUUGUCAGUCAGCGAUGACCUUUAGAAGGUGGUGUAGCUUAUGCUACUGGAUGUUGUGAUUGUUAUAUGUACUAUAAAGCGCAUCGUACACUACAGCACGCGCUGAGCGGUUUUCGCUACUGACUGUAAAUGACGUCAUAAAACAAAGAUGCGAAUGUCAAGUCAUUCGUAUUUUCCGUAUCGAAGAAUACGUUGUAUGUGAGUGCUGUAAUGUACGAUCAGCAUAUUAAUAUAUUGUUUAAAUAGAGUCCCAUUCUAUUGUAGCGUAGCAUUUUGUUAAUAUUGGCACGUGGGAUGUUUUCGUUGAAUUAUAUUGUUCCACUAUCUGAUGCCCGCGACUUCGUCCACUUGGAUUUAGGUUUUAAAAAUCCCGUGGAAACUUAUUUUCCUGUAUAAAAAGUAGGCUACUUUUCAUACAGGAAGGUCACUCACCAGGUUCUCUAACUAUAUCCAUGCGAAAGACUGUGUUUAUCCGUUGCUUUGUUGCCGCGUGAUUGAAGGACAAACCAACAAACAAGCACACUUUUGUAUUUAUACUAUGGGUAGUGAUUGCUACAAGUGACAGAAGUAAGUGUCAACACGGUGCAGUGCACUCUCUCAGCUCUGGUGAACAAUGUUUCUGUAUCCAAAUCUAUAUCGCUAUUUUCAAUAGCAAAAAGUUCAUUUUAAAAUAUAUGUAUCAUAUGUGUAGUUGCGAGCGCUGGACCCAGAUAUUUGGUUGCAUAAUGUCGAGCGAAAUCUAUUUUUUUCCUACUGUGAUAAAGAAGUUGCACAUUGAUUUAUUUUUCAUCUUGAUUACAUAAUAUUUGACUUUAUUUUAUAUAACUAUCGCUAUAUCUAUAUAGAAGUAGAAUUAUAAUAAAAGAUGCACAAAUCAUACGCGUUUAUGUUAAGUUUAUUUUUAAGUACCUACAUGUGUAAUAGACGAGAUGAAUCAGACAAACAUUUAGGAUUCAGGCGUAUUUUAGAUAUGUUUUUGACCUUAAAUUACUUAAAAAGUAUGAAAUAACAAAUUAAAGCUUACAAGAAACCAAUGGAUGAAGCCUGAGAUGUAUAGAGUGAGCUUUGACUUUGCUCUCAUUUAAGACUUAAAACGAGACAGAGCCAUAUCGCUGACAUAAAUCUGUCUCGUUUUAACUGAAGCUUAAGUUUGAGCAAUGCCAAAGUAUGCUCUAUAGAUCUCAGCCUAAGAGCCCAUUAUGACCAGACCUACGUUAAUUUAGACAUACCUUUGGUAGACCCCCUGCCAGACACCCUUACUCUUUAAUAAAUUGUUAAAGUUAUAAGAUGUCUGGCAAGGGGUUGCCACGAUACUAAGUGUCUGGCAAUGCAUAUUCCAAUACUGUUCGGAAAAUUAUGAAAAAUAUGCUACCUACAUAAUUAUUAUAUUUUGACGAAAGAUUUUGGUCGAAACAAAGAUGUAUCCUUUGUUACCUGUAAUCUGCCAAAUCCACCAUGAUCCAAACUUCAUAGUCGCUGAUCUUCAGCUUUUCUAAAACGACGAAGGUCUGGCCCUCACAGGCUCCUCGACAAGCAAAUCUGCACAUCACAAUAAAUUAUUGUUAGUGUUGUUUAUGGUGAUACAUUUGUGUAUAAAGUAUACUUCGUUGCGCCAUCGAGACUGAGUUACCUGCUGGUGUCAUUUAUUUAUGCUGAUCGCACACUACAGCGACGCGCCGCACGCGGCGAACUUUAUUUACAUAUUUAUAUUAUAUUUACUCAAACUUCGUGGAGAAGUGAAAUCGUCGUUUAAGUUCUAACACCACGUAAGUUAUUUUUGGCGGGUUUGAAAUUUUGAUGCAAUUUGCUAGAAAAUCGAAAGACGCGUUGUUUCUGCCAAUCAGUAACAAAAAAUAUUCAAUAGAAACUCUAAGGAAUAAAAAGUAUCAGCAGGUAUCCGUCAAACAAUCUAAACUUGAAAACAGUCAGUUUUUUCGAUCUUUUGUAAAGUUUAUUUGGAUUUACAUGGUGUUAGUUAACAAGGAACGAAAUGUGGAUGCAGAUGUACUCAGGCGGUAUGCAUUGCCCGUUUUGAAAAAUGUAGCGCUUGCGGCUCGUCUCGUGUGCGAUCGGCUUUAGACAGAAAAUGUUUGGGUAGAUUUGUUUAUAAAUUAUGUGUAAGGUUUCCGUCCCUGCAUAGGACUGUGUGACAGAGGCACCAAAGUAAUACAAUUUUAACCAAAUGGCGGUAUUUUUUGCCCUUCUACGUCAGCACAGUUACGUGUAGGGACGGUAACUUUAAUGUUGCUAGUGUAUAAAUUGACCAAAAUUACUUAAAAGAAACUCAUUACUCUAAAAUCUAACACUUAAUUUAACUCUUAUGUCGGUUUCACACUCAGUUCCGUCCACCAGGGGGACGCGAGAUAUUGAGGAGCUGACGAACAAAACGGUGUAAUUGCACCAAAUUAAACUUUACAGUAGGUGCAAAAGACUGGAUGAAAGCUGCUAAAACUACUAUUUUGAUUGAAAUCAUGAACUUUGGACUCAAUUUAAGUUCAGUUUUAAGUAUGUAGUUAGUUUGGCUUGGAAACAGGUCCAGAUGUGUGAGAAACGUCCAUUAAAGAAAGAAGUAUUUCGAUGAGAGUAAUUACACUGUUUUGUUUAUUCACAGGCUGCUCAAAUCAUCUUAUCUCUGUUUUGUGGUAAGCGAUAUUAUGAAUGGAGUGGUUCUAUUUGUGGUUUCGCACACAUCCUGCGCAUGCCUUGGUAGCCUUAGGGUGCUUGUCCACUGAAGCUACUCAUAUUAUUUAUUAUUAAAAAAUGAGCAAAAAUCUGAUUGGUCGACGAAACAUGUCCGCUCUGCGCUUCAUUUGGCAGGUACCCUUAGGGUUGAAGUGUUCGGUGUGACAACACGGCGUGAUACUAAUGUUUUGAGGCUCCCUAACUCUAAAUUACUUGUUUGGAAGAUUAAAUGAUUGUUAUGAAAAAUUACAAGUUUCUACUUAUAAAGUGUUGCUCACCCUUUAAAUGUUGCAUAUUGUAGCAAAUGGAAGCAUGUACAGUUUAGUCUUUGCCACUAGUACACCUUUUUUUGGACACCUACAUAAAUGUUUAAAUUAUUAUUAUUGUUCAUGUAUCAUGGGUGGGUAAUAGGCAAUGUUCGGAGUACUAGUGGCGAGGCGGUGUUCGUAGAACGUGAGGAGUAUGACUCGUGACGAUGGCCGGUACGUUGCUACACUAGCUUAAGUCCAUUUGAUAUUUUAGAUAAUCUCUUAAUAAUAAUUAUUACAUUACAUUAGAAAAUAAAUACCAUUUAUUGGA